AUGGCGGCUCCCGAACAAGUACCGGGGCAAGAAUAUGAGGCGUCCCGAAUAUUCCGAGCGCUACGAAGCCCUUCCCUCAAACUAUGGCCUCGGUCGGAAUAUGCUAGCUGGCGCUUUCGCUGGAAUUGCAGAGCAUGCGGUCAUGUACCCGGUGGACUUGCUGAAGGUAGACCAAUUGGCCUUAUUACGCAUUCUUGUUACUUGUGCGGCACUCGCAUGCAAGUCUUGCAUCCCACCACCGGAGGUCUCUAUACAGGGUUGACGCAUGCGGUUUCCACAAUUUACCGAAUUGAAGGGUGGCGGACACUGUGGAAGGGCGUAUCGAGCGUGAUUGUCGGUGCUGGCCCCGCGCAUGCUGUCUAUUUCGGUACAUAUGAGGUUGUUAAGGAGAUGGCUGGUGGUAAUGUGGAUGAUGGACACCAUCCAUUGGCGGCCGCAAUGAGUGGUGCGGCGGCGACAAUUGCUAGCGAUGCCCUGAUGAACCCUUUCGAUGUAAUCAAACAACGAAUGCAGUGCGCCAAGUCUGUCUACAAGACUGAAGGUUUCCAUGCUUUCUACGUCUCCUAUCCCACGACCCUCUGCAUGACGGUUCCCUUUACAGCUACUCAGUUUGUCGCCUACGAAUCCAUCUCCAAGGUUAUGAACCCGUCUGGGGAUUACGAUCCCUUCACGCAUUGCAUUGCUGGUGGUCUUGCUGGUGCUGUUGCGGCUGGUAUCACUACGCCGCUUGACGUGGUGAAGACUCUACUGCAGACCCGUGGCCUCGCGCAGAAUGAGGAGAUUCGCGCGGUCAAGGGACUAUUCGGCGCCGCGACCGUCAUCAAGCGCCAAUUCGGUUGGAGAGGAUUCUUGCGCGGUGCUCGCCCCCGGAUCAUCUCCACGAUGCCCAGCACUGCCAUUUGCUGGACUUCGUACGAAAUGGCCAAGGCUUAUUUCAAGCGCCAGGUGGACAACUAG